GAAACAAUUUUUCAAAACUUUAAACGUUUUCCUUUUGUUUCAGAGCUGAGAAUAUUUUUGAACAAAAUCUUAUUGUGCCUUUUUAUAUCUUGUAUUUGAACGGUUGAAGACUCAAAUACAUUCUUUGUGAUAAUCUCGUGUGGGUUUUGAAAAUGAGAGAAGUUAUGCAUUGAAUUUUGCUGCAUCCGUCAAAGAAAAUAACCGUAAUUUACAAUUAAAAGUACCUAAAAGGUUACCAGUAAGUUACAAAAAAGAUUCAGUCAAACACGAAAAAGCGUUAAUAGGUCAGGGUUACCUAGAGUGUGUAGUAUAACAAAUCAAACUGACGUUAGAAAUACACGGUUAUUGUUUACCAAGAAACGGUGAAACCGGGGCUAUAAUGGACUUAUUGCAACUAUAUCGUUACCAGAUAUACUGCUUCUAACUGUUCGUACGUAUAACGACGUAUGAAGCAGCGAUAUUAAUCGGUAAUCGCUAUCAAACCUUGACUCUUCAAAUCUUACGCGUGAUUACUACGCUUUUCUUCUGCACUAUGCCAACCAUGCUGUCACCUUCCUUUUGGUUUAUCAAAAGCCUGUUUGAACACUUAAUUGAUAAAAUAAUCUUUGGUUGUGCAAGACUAUCUCGUUCAAAAUUCUCGCUAGUCUCGUUUUUCUAUGGUGAUUUUGGAUUCCCUUUUUCCUCUUGCUUUCUCUGAUGUCACGGCGGAUUUUUGUUCAAGAUCAUGUUGACUGUAAAGUUUUUUUAUCCGAAAGUGUACAUUCACUUUUCUGUUGUGGUAAUCAACAAAAAUUCCUUUAACUGCGCCAAAACAGAAUUAAUGCAAUUAGGGUCUCCGCACCCUUUUGGGUGACCUUUUUUGGAAAAAAUCAGAAUAUGGGCCUAUUUUUGUUACUUAUAAUCAAUUCCAUUUUGGAAUUGAUUAUAGGUAACAAAAAUCGGGGCAUUUUGCCCCCCUUGGCUCCCUCUCGGCGGUCAUGAAUGCAGUAAGGUUUUCUGCUUAGUUGAUCUCAAGAGAAAAUGAAAGCACAAAGGUAACCCAAGAGAACGAGGAGUACCAAGUGUAGCCCAAGUCGAUCAGGAAAAUGUUUCUAGACCGCACCCUUUCUAUAUUUCACAUACGCCCGUUUAUAAACCAUUUCAUCGUAAUAAUCCUCCUUACAAACUAUGACUGAACCUACCCAAUGCAUUUCAGAUAUUUUUAAAAGCAGACGGACCUUUUUUUGUAAUAUAUGGAAGUACUCAUCCUCCCCACUAUCCUAUGGUAGAUGUCCCUUUCAUUGUGUACUCUACAAAUAGUACCUGGGUACAUAUGCGUAAACUUAGGGGGGGCUCUGGGGCUUCAGCCCCUCCUGACGAAAACCGGGGGGGCUGAGCCCCCCCUGGAAAAUAAGGAAAUGCUUUACCAAUUUUUAGAUAAGUUUCUUACAUUAUUAGUUUCACGCAUAAGAUUUGUUGCAUUAGAUAAUUGCAUUUACAGCAAAAUAAAGUAUGAAAUUAUUGUGAACAUAAGGUUGUGUAAUAGGGUUUUUUGCCAAAACGAAUACAUCCACCCUGUCGUUACCGUCGAUAUAAACUAGUCCUUCAAUGAGAAUUGAGACAAAGAGACAAAUAAAUAAUGUUUCAAACGUCCAUCUUCCGAUCAUGUGAUCUUUCCGCGAAAGCUUAUAAACUUCACAAUGUUUCUCUACGGUUGACCCGUAACGUCGAUCGUUCUCUUUUAAUAACAGGCACAGUCUUUCACAAGCACUGUCCGUUCAAACUAUACUAUAGUAAUGCACAAUCAAUAAAUCAUCACGCGCGAUUCCAUAAAUCCAAGUAUGUAUUCUAUAAACCCAUACUUCAUGUCGACAAGAUCUUUCACAAGCAUCUUGCCGCAUUUAUAAAACGUCGAGAACCUAAAUAUACAAAAUAUCAAAACUUAACGUAAACGCUCUUAACCGAAUUCCAUUUCCAACUUCAACUCCAACGAACUCAAAAACUCUAAAAUGUAACACGCCCAAAAUAUAACUAAACAAGAACUUAUUGUAAUGCUACAUAGCUACGUAAAUUUACAUAAUAAUAGUGAAUGCAAAAUAUAUUACAUCCAAGAUUAAUUACAUAAACUGAAUAAUGAUACUAAAAAUCCCAAAAGAAAUUGUUAAUGAAUCUAAAGGUGCAAUUAGAUAACAAAAGGAAUUAUAAACAAUCGAAUGUGCGAAUGGUGAUAAAAUUACUAAGGUUACAGGAUGCAAAACAAACGAAAUCCAAACUAGCACUAUUACGGUUGACACCUUCAUAUCAAGAAAUGCCGUGAGAAAGAGUACGUUUUCGGUGCCUAAAUAGAACUGAUGAUCUCGACCUAAAAAACUGAUAAUGAUUUAAAAAUAAACUUUCAAUUUCAUUUGUGUGUUUCUUCUUCCUCGAUAAUAAAAAAUGCACGGAAAAGUCACCUGUAAGACCUUAGCUAAUCCACUUUCUAUCCUGUGACAUCAGCAGCUGCCAUCAGGAAUUGUCAUUAAUUUUUUGAGCCCCCCCUGAAAAAAAUGUAAGUCUACGCCUAUGCCUGGGUACCAGAGCCACCAAGUGGAGAAGCGUCUAGCUGAGAAGAAGGAAAAGUUGCGCUUUUUCUUCUUCUCAGAUUGACUCAUUUUCUAUCUUCUAUUUCCGCGCUCGAGUGUAUGUGGCUCUGGAACUAUGAUAGGUAGAAUAACCAAAAAAGCUGAUAGUGUAAAAUGUAGUGGAUUAGUAAAGGAUUUCAGCCACCUAUCCGCCGGAAACAUCGAAGUCACCUGGGCGUCAAUUAGAGUUUACUGAUUUGGGUAAUUGAGAGUAAUUCCCUUGAAGAUUUUUCGCGUUCUUUUGUUCGAUAAUCUUUCCUUUUAGACCACGAUCUUUUGCACCAUUCCAGUGCUAAACUGUCUUAAUAUUUGUUCCAGGUUACUAAACAAAAACCAUUAGCAAAUAAGGGUAGGAUGGUCCUCAGAAUGUUUUACCAUUGUCAAUCAUAAGACUGAAGGUGGUGUUCUCUCAUCAUUUGAACCAUUUAGUUUUCGGCUGUCGGUGCGCCAAUCGCAAAGACGGCCAUAAAUAAAACCCCAACCGUUUUUGAGGGGGUUGAGAAGAAGAACAAUGGCCUUCUUCCGCCGACUAGCAGCACCUUGUUCAUGCAAAAAGUCGCAAGCCAUACGGCCAUUAACUAAUGCACGAAAAUAAGUAGUAAGUCAACAUGCAUGUAAAUAAAAACCCCUGAAAAUUUCUAGACAAGGGUUGGGUGGGCAGGGUCGCAAAGGAAAACCCUUUCCUCUCCAAAGUCCAACUUCAAGUUGUCGUGCAACGUGUGAGAAUGAAACUGUGCUGAGACAAAGUUUAUAUACCCAAAGCCAAUGCACACUUGCACGCUGGUUGCUUUAGCCGUAUAAAAAACACAAUGUAAAGCUUACUCGAGCACUGCUACAAUAAACACAAACUCCACAAUUGUGCAAUCUGUGCCCAAAAAACAAAAGCCCAAGGGGCACCUAAAAGGCGUACCCUGUCACAUAUUAAACGUGAUUCAAUUUCAUUUAAUCAAGCUUUCAACCAGGCACCGCGGGGCGUUGCGAAAAGUUGGGGGGUCUAAAAAAGCGCGGGGGCUAAAACCGAAUAAAAGAGACUUUACUGGUGGUUCACUUUUUAAUCUUUUGCACGUUUUACAAAAAGUGGGGGGCCAAAGCCCCCCUCCAGCCCCCCUGCGGCCCAGGCCCUGCGCUGCGGUGCCUGUCAACACUGUCUUGUGUGCGAAUCAUGGCCUAAUUGUUACAAAAUAUUUCACACGGGGUUUGUUUAUUCGGAAGGUUGCACCUUGAGGAAAUCUCGGUGGUUGGUAGGGGAGGGGAAACCUGCUGUUUUUUAUUAUGGAGCAUAGGAACAUCUCGAGAUCAAGGAAACAUUUAAAAAUGUCAGAAGAAACAGGGAAGAUUAUUGAAAAUUUUCUGGGAACAUGGGGACACAGAUCUCAGAUCUCCUGGGGGUCUCCACAUGUUUUGUGAUUCUGCAUAUUGCAAGUUAUCUGCAAAGCACGCUUUCGGAUUUUAUUGUCAAAAUUCUAAAGAACAUUUAUUAAAGCGCCCCUGCUGUGCUGUGUUCAUUCUUUUUUGAUGUCAUCUGGUCAUGUGAAAGUUGAAGCAGCGAGGAAGUGAAGUGCGACUCAUUGAUUCUUCAUUCUUGGAACAGAUUGGCAACUCAUUGAUUCUGGUCACACAGAGAAAAAGAAAACAGGCUAUCGCCACGAUGCUGAACUGUUUUCGACUCUGGAGACGCCGGCGAAAGGUUCUGGUAGAGUAUGCCCAAAAUAACCAGUCUCUUCGUCGCUUCGUUCAAAGGACCGAUGAUCUAGAGUCCUUUCACAAGGCUUUAUUGGACGCUUUUGAAGACGAACUUGUUCCAGUGAUUGCUGGUGCAACUGGACUUACAGAAGAUGAUGUAAAGAACUACAAGGAACCCUUGAGAAUUAGCAAUGUUAUUCAGUUAACUUGUUUGUCGGAGGCCUCAGGAAGAUCACCAAUAGCAGAUGGGAAGGAAAUAACCGACUCUGAAGUCUUGAGGGUGGAAAUCCAAGACACAAUGACGAUCAAUACCACUGCUUUCAUAGAAGAUCAGGAAAACCAAGAGCUUCCUCCUGGACCAUAUCGCAUUUGGUGCCCCUCUCGUUCGAACGGCCAAGGCUACUUAAAACUGGGCAGUAAACUGGAGAUCACUGGCCAUAAAGAGUGCUACACUGUUUUAUGCAAUGCUUCAAGAGAUGAGGGAUCGUGCCUCUGGUUCAUAAAAGAAAAAGAGGAGUCAGAAAAAGAAUUAUAUUCUAUACGGCUAGGCCGCGAAGAAGGACAUCGUCUGUACGCCAGAGAAGACACUGCUUUUGCAACCAAGAGUUUCGACGGCACCUUCGCGGAAUGUCUCUUUCAUAUGGCACAAAUUCAACAGUAUCCUCUCGGUUACUUCCGAAUUGAAUGUAGAAAUUCCAGUUAUUUGCUGAAAGUUGGAAAUGACGACGUCUUGAUGACAGAGAAAAACAAUAACUGUUUAUUUAUAGACCCGUGUUUUCUAUUUGUUCUGUGCAGUAAGACUUAAGUUACUUCAGAUUUAGAAUGACUUUGGAUAUCAGAACUUGGAUAUUGAUUGUUAGAUAUUAGCUAUUUAAUUUUAAUUUUAAAGUAUCGUUAUGGGAUAACUUUUCAAAAAAUGUUAUAGAUCAA